AUCGCCGUUAGAUACACAAAACCGUUUCUUUCCCUCCUUAUUUUAUUACUAGACCGGACCCGGUUUUAUUCUUAACCGAGAAAAACCAUAAAGCGUUGAUUAGGGCUUCCCAUCUGUUCCUUGGUCUCUCUCUCUCUGCUCAGCUGCUGCUGAAGAACUUGUGCUAGGGAGGGAUUUAGGAUUAGCGUUAGGACUCAGUGAAGGAGACUCAAAACUCAGAGCAGAGAAUGACGACGAUUGUUCCCACCUCCGAAGUAGAUCCUUAUCUCGCCAUUGUUCGGUUCACUUCCCAGCUUGCCUGGGCAGAUGCUGGUCCCGAGGUUGCAGAGCCUGAAGUUUCCAGGCUAUGUAGGGAAGCAGAGGAUGUUAUAAUAGAUGGGAAGUGGCUGGAUUUGGCAACGUUAAUGGUAACUUCAGCUGACUUGGUAUCAUCCAAGAUCUCUGAGAAAGAUCUUGAGUGUACCUACACCAUAAUUUGCAGCCUUGUCAAGAAUGUGACAAGUCCUGAGGAAGUCCUUGAAAUGGUGAAAGUUAUAGCUUCGAAGGUUGUUCAACAGCCGAAUGACAAAGCUUCAUUGCGUUUGAAAAUCCUCUUCAGUCUAUAUAAUCUGGUAGACCACCCAAAUGCUCGUUUUCAAGUAUACAUGAAAGCUCUGGAACUGGCUGUAAACGGGAAGGUUACCGAGUAUAUUGUGCCUUCCUUUAAGAAAAUUGACAGCUUCUUGAAAGAGUGGAACAUUGACAUCAAAGAUCAGCGCGAAGUAUUUCUUGCCAUUGCUAAAGUGCUGAGAGAAAAUAAAAGUUUGGCGAAAGAAUCCCUUCAGUUUGUGACAAAAUAUCUGGCAACUUUCUCCAAUGAAGAUACCCAGGUCCUGAGUGAAGCCAAGGAGGAAGCUGUACGAGCUGUUAUUGAAUUUGUCAAGGCUCCCAAUAUAUUUCAGUGUGAUUUAUUAGACAUGCCAGCCGUUGCACAAUUGGAGAAGGAUCCUAAUAAUGCACCAGUUUACCAGCUACUGAAGAUUUUUCUUACUCAGAGGCUGGAUGCAUACAUGGAAUUCCAAAAUGCGAAUUCAGGAUUUCUGCAAACCUAUGGUCUUGUCGAGGCAGACUGUGUAGCAAAGAUGAGAUUGUUGUCACUAGUGGAUUUGGCCUCAGAUGAAUCUGGCAAAAUACCGUAUGUCUCGAUCAAGAAUACUCUACAGGUAAAUGACGAGGAGGUUGAAUUGUGGGUGGUUAAGGCGAUAACUGCAAAAUUGGUUGAUUGUAAGAUGAAUCAGAUGAACCAAGUUGUAAUUGUCAGCCGCUGUGCCGAGCGUGAAUUUGGACAAAAGCAAUGGCAGUUUCUUCGAACAAAGCUUGCAGCUUGGCGGGACAAUGUUAGGAAUGUAAUCAGCACAAUAGAAGCGAACAAGACAACAGAGGAAGGUACUCAGACAUCAUCAGCAGCUCAGGGAUUGACUGUCCGUUGAAAGAUUUCUCAGAAGAAGAAGCUUCUCAAUCUAAAGACUGAUUUGAUUAUUGUCAUCUCAAAAGCCGUUUAUUGAAUUCUUUUUUUGUAGUCGAGUAAAAAAUAUUGGAUUCAAAUUUCUUCAGUCGCCUUCGUUUCUUUUCUCUGA